GGGAGGCCGGGCAGGCGGCGGAGCGGCGCGGCUCUCAACCUGACGGGGAAGUGGCCCGGGUGGCCGCGGCUGACUGCUCCGGGGAGGACGAACAGACGACGGAGGCGGGGGCUGGAAGCCAAGCCGGGCGACCGAAACAGCGAGGGGGUCAGGCUCCGCGUCGGCCACUCUGUCUGUCUGCUGAAUGAAGUGCCCGCCCCGCUGAGCCCCGAGCCCGGAGCUUUCCCCGCAAGAUGGACGGUUUCGCCGGCAGCCUCGAUAUGGUGUUGAUCAGGAACAGGGGAGAUGCAUGUCUCUAAAGAAAGGAACCUAUGUCAGCAGAGAGGGAAAGAAAUGGUUCCUGGCAGUAUUUCUGGAGCUGAUCCUGAUGAAGAUACUUCGCAAUGAUAGUAUUUCUGCUGCAAGUACUUCUGAUGUUCAAGAUCGCCUCUCAGCUCUUGAGUUACGAGUUCAACAACAAGAAGAUGAAAUCACUGUGCUAAAGGCAGCUUUGGCUGAUGUUUUGAGGCGUCUUGCAAUCUCUGAAGAUCAUGUAGCCUCAGUGAAAAAAUCAGUCCCAAGUAAAGGCCAGCCAGGCCUUCGAGAAGCUAUUUCCAUGUCCUCUAUAACCAAUGGGAGUGGUGCAAACAGAAAACCAAGUCACACCAGCUCUGUCUCAAUUGCAAGAAAAGAAACUCUUUCGUCUGCUGCUAAAAGUGGUACAGAAAAAAAGAAAGAAAAACCACAAGGACAGAGAGAAAAAAAAGAGGAUUCUCAUUCUAAUGAUCAAAGUCCACAAAUACGAGCAUCACCUUCUCCCCAGCCCUCUUCACAGCCUCUCCAAAUACACAGACAAACUCAAGAAAGCAAGAAUUCUACUCCCACCAAAAGCAUAAAACGACCACCAACAGCUGAGAAGUCACAUAAUUCAUGGGAAAAUUCAGAUGAUAGUCGUAAUAAAUUAUUGAGGGCAGUUUCAACAUCAAAAUUAAUAUCAAAAGUUAUAAAAAAUACUGACAAGCAUAAAGAUGUCAUCAUCAACCAAGCAAAAAUGUCAACCCGUGAAAAAAACAGCCAAGAAGGAGAAUACAUUAAAAUGUUUAUGCGAGGUCGGCCAAUUACAAUGUUCAUUCCUUCUGAUGUUGACAACUACGAUGACAUCAGAACAGAACUGCCUCCUGAGAAGCUCAAACUGGAGUGGGUAUAUGGUUAUCGAGGAAAGGACUGCCGAGCUAAUGUUUACCUUCUUCCUACUGGGGAAAUAGUUUAUUUCAUAGCGUCAGUAGUAGUACUAUUUAAUUAUGAGGAGAGAACUCAACGACACUACCUGGGUCAUACAGACUGUGUGAAAUGCCUUGCUAUACAUCCUGACAAAAUUAGGAUUGCAACUGGACAGAUAGCUGGAGUGGAUAAAGAUGGAAGGCCUCUGCAACCCCAUGUCAGAGUGUGGGAUUCAGUUAGUCUAUCCACACUGCAAAUUAUUGGACUUGGAACUUUUGAGCGAGGAGUAGGAUGCCUGGAUUUUUCAAAAGCAGAUUCAGGUAUUCAUUUAUGUGUUAUCGAUGACUCCAAUGAACAUAUGCUUACUGUAUGGGAUUGGCAGAAAAAAUCAAAAGGAGCAGAAAUAAAGACAACAAAUGAAGUUGUUUUGGCUGUGGAGUUCCAUCCAACAGAUGCAAACAUCAUAAUAACAUGUGGUAAAUCUCAUGUUUUAUUCUGGACCUGGAGUGGCAAUUCACUAACAAGAAAACAGGGAAUUUUUGGGAAAUAUGAAAAACCAAAAUUUGUGCAGUGUUUAGCAUUCUUGGGGAAUGGAGAUGUUCUUACUGGAGACUCAGGUGGAGUCAUACUUAUAUGGAGCAAAACUACUGUAGAACCCACACCUGGGAAAGGUCCUAAAGGUGUUUAUCAGAUCAGCAAACAAAUCAAAGCUCAUGAUGGCAGUGUGUUCACACUUUGUCAGAUGAGAAAUGGGAUGUUAUUAACUGGAGGAGGGAAAGACAGAAAAAUAAUUCUGUGGGAUCAUGAUCUGAAUCCUGAAAGAGAAAUAGAGGUUCCUGAUCAGUAUGGAACAAUCAGAGCUGUAGCAGAAGGAAAGGCAGAUCAAUUUUUAGUAGGCACAUCACGGAACUUUAUUUUACGGGGAACAUUUAAUGAUGGCUUCCAAAUAGAAGUACAGGGUCAUACAGAUGAGCUUUGGGGUCUUGCCACACAUCCUUUCAAAGAUUUGCUCCUAACAUGUGCUCAGGACAGACAGGUGUGCAUGUGGAACUCGGUGGAACACAGGCUGGAAUGGACAAGGCUCGUAGAUGAACCAGGACACUGUGCAGAUUUUCAUCCAAGUGGCACAGUGGUGGCCAUAGGAACGCACUCAGGCAGGUGGUUUGUUCUGGAUGCAGAAACCAGAGAUCUAGUUUCUAUCCACACAGACGGGAAUGAACAGCUCUCUGUGAUGCGCUACUCAGUAGAUGGCACCUUCCUGGCUGUAGGAUCUCAUGACAACUUUAUUUACCUCUAUGUAGUCUCAGAAAAUGGAAGAAAAUAUAGCAGAUAUGGAAAGUGCACCGGACAUUCCAGCUAUAUCACACACCUUGACUGGUCCCCAGACAACAAGUAUAUAAUGUCUAACUCGGGAGACUAUGAGAUAUUGUACUGGGACAUUCCAAGUGGCUGCAAACUAAUUAGGAAUAGAUCGGAGUGUAAGGACAUCGAUUGGACAACAUACACCUGUGUGCUAGGCUUUCAAGUCUUUGGUGUCUGGCCAGAAGGAUCUGAUGGGACAGAUAUCAACGCACUGGUGCGAUCCCACAAUAGAAAGGUGAUAGCUGUUGCUGAUGACUUUUGCAAAGUCCAUCUGUUUCAGUAUCCCUGCUCUAAAGCAAAGGCUCCCAGUCACAAGUACAGUGCCCACAGCAGCCAUGUCACCAAUGUCAGUUUUACUCACAAUGACAGUCACCUCAUUUCAACUGGUGGAAAAGACAUGAGCAUCAUUCAGUGGAAACUUGUGGAAAAGUUAUCUUUGCCUCAGAAUGAGAUUGUAGCAGAUACUACUCUAACCAAAGCCCCCAUCUCUUCCAUUGAAAGUGUCAUGCCAUCUGAUACUCCCACACCACCUCCUUCCCAGCCCUUAAAUGAGACAGCUGAAGAAGAAAGUAGAAUAAGCAAUUCUCCCACGCUUCUGGAGAAUAGCCUGGAACAGACUGUGGAGCCCAGUGAGGACCACAGCGAGGAGCAGAGUGAAGGGGGCAGUGAAGACCUUGGUGAGCCUAUUUAUGAAGCGCCAUGCAAUGUGAUAAGUGAGGAGCAGAGUGAAGUCGCUCUUACUGAGGACCAGCAAGAUCCUUCACCCCUACCUUAACACCAGGCCUUCAGUGCGACUCUGUUUUCUCUUUCAACUGCAUGUGAUCUUGUGAUAGUUCAGAUAACAGGCCAGGAAGUGAUAGAGAAUCACUAUUGAUUGAGAUGUUGGUUUCCACAUGAUUUGUUUCCUUCAAUGGUCUUGAAUCUUCCAUCUCACAAAUGCAGCCAACCUAAAGGUUCAGUUUGGUGGGUGUUGAAAAUUAACCAGACUUAGUAGUAGGAAAAGACUGAGACAUUAAUUGUCUCAGAAAUUACUGUGUAUGUAAGUGAUAAUGGUGUAAAUACUGGAAACAGAAACAGCAGUUGUAUAGAUUUACGAUAAACCCCUUGUUAUCUGAACAUGUUUUCUUCAGGAACGACCAGAGGCAUCACAAACACUGUUACUUAUCUACUGGCUCAGACUGUGCUAAUUUUUUUUUCCUGAUGCAGAAAAAGAAAUCAGAAAAAAAAAAAAAAACUCUCUUAGUGAGAUAUCCUCCCAUCCCAAAUGUCUAAUGGAAAUUUUUUAGUUAGGAAAAAUUUCAGUAUUGCCAUGAGCAAUGGUGUUGCCUUCUUGAAUAAUAAUGCCGUUGCCUACACUACCGGUAGAUGUCCAGGUGUGCUUGUUAGUCUCCUAUCUAGGUGCUGCCUUUUCUAAGUCAUAAUGAGGAACAGUCCCGUAAUUUCUUGUGUGCAAAUCUAUUUUAUCUUAGAACUAAGAAAGCAGUGGUUUGUUAAAGAGCUUUUAAUGUAUAUUAAACCAUUGAUACUCAGAAAUAAUGGAUUCCUCCAAGGAUUCCUUUACUGGCCUAAACAUUUUCUAAUGUUUGGCGUUCAAGUGAAUGGAAGGAAAAAACCGCAUGCCUAUAAAACUAAACUGUAAUAAUUACUGGCUAAUUUUAGCUUAGCCUUCAUCAUAGUUCUUUCAAUAAUAGGAGAAAUAUAAAUACAGUUAGUUUAAAUGAUUGAAUUGGUGCUUGAAAUUCAAUGGUUUAGUUGUAACUUUUAUACAGAUUAAUUCUAUUGAGGGGUAAGAGACUCAACAAAUUGCAAAUUCUUUUUUAUAGAAGUGUGAAUAACAGUCACAGUAAUUUUUUAUAAAUUGCAUACUUAAUAGACUUGCUAUAUAUGGUAAUUUUUCUCUGGUGGAGUUGCAUAUAAUAAGCCUUGCAAUUCUAAUGUGGCUAUCCUCUCCUAUUUUAGGCAAUGCAUGUAUUAUUAUGCAUUGGAUAGUUUUUUUAAGUUUUGUCAGAUGACUAUGUUUUUAAGUAUGUGUUUCCUACUUUAAAAAUAAUUACUGACAAAUAUGCAUUUCCUAUAUAUUUGUUUAUACUUUGAUUAUAAAAAAAACUUUUUGAUUUAUUUUUUAACUUGCUGCAUUGUUUUGAUAUCCUUUUUUUUUGGUUAGAUGUUUAGAAACUUUGGAUGAGUUCAGAAGUCUUAAGUAUGCAAGUGUUUACGUGAUUGUGCCAUUCCAGAGUGCAUCAGAACUGUCAUUCCCUUCUAGUAUCUUCUCAGGAGUAAUACAAAUCAGGUAUUUCAUCAUCAUUUGGUAAUAUACAAACUCCAGUGAACUCCCCAGGACACUCACAUUUAUAUUCACAUGCUGUAUGUAAAGGUGUGGGUAUGUGUGAAGAGGUGAGUGUAGACCCUUACUCUGUGUUUGUGUGUAUCUCUAUAUAAGAAGAUAUACGCCACAUUGAAGAUACUCAGUGUAUAAUCUCUAUGUGUAUAGAUAUAUGUCCAUGUAUCUCUCUUUCCUUUUGUUUACAACUGUUCAAAAAAAAAAAACCUCAAAGUAGUUCUCUUCAAAAGAAGAGAUAUAGAUUCUAAGCAACCCAUCUUUUUUCAGUAUGUUAUGUACAUAAUUAUCAGAGAGCAUCAGCAAGUAUCAGGCGUAUAUAUUUGCCUAUUAGCAGUGUUGAUUAAAUCAUCAAGUCAGCGUGUGCUACUCCCUGCAAGAAAAAUACUAUGAGAUGAACAAGAGAUUUUUCUAGGAGAAAAACAUUUCAGUGGAGGAUACAACUCUCCAUGAUAAGCAGGGAGUUUAUUUGGGGACAUCAGUUACCUUUGGGGUUGCUGUGUACAAUGAGAUUUAUAAUCGUGAUACUCUUGGGUGGUAGUUUCAAAAAGACACUACUAAUACGCAGAAAGCGUUCCAGUGCUCUAUUGCUGGCAACUACUGUUUAACAGUCAAUUAAAUCUGUGAUAAUGGUUGGAAUGGGUGGGAUUAUGAAAUUGUAGAUGUUUUUAGAAAAACUUGUGAAUGAAAAUGAAUCCAAGCGUUUCAUGUGAAGAUGUUGAGCCAUUUCUAUCAUGCAUUCCUGUCUCAUGGCAGAAAAUUUUGAAGAUUAAAAAAUAAAAUAAUCAAAAGCUUUCAU